AUGUCCGACUACGAGGAUGAAAUGGAUGUGGAUGCGCCCUCCAAGGACGUCCAGUUCAGCUCAGAGAAUGCUAGUGGGAAAAAGAGGGCGGCGGCGGACCUGCCCAUUCAAGCUCAAGACAAUCUCCCUUGGGUUGAAAAAUACCGCCCAAAUACGCUCGAUGAUGUCUCGGGUCAUCAAGACAUUCUAGCCACCAUCAACAAAUUUGUUGAAAAGAACCGCCUACCUCACCUACUCCUCUACGGUCCCCCUGGAACCGGCAAGACCUCGACCAUCCUCGCACUCGCCCGGCGGAUAUACGGCACAAAGAAUAUGCGGCAGAUGGUGUUGGAACUCAAUGCUAGUGAUGACCGUGGCAUUGACGUGGUCCGAGAACAGAUCAAGACCUUUGCUAGCACAAAACAAAUCUUCUCCAUGGGCCCAGCAGCGGCGACAGAGGGCAACGCUGCGCUCGCCGGCUUCAAGCUGAUCAUUCUCGACGAGGCCGACGCCAUGACCUCCACAGCACAGAUGGCCCUGCGCCGCAUCAUGGAGAAAUACACGGCGAACACGCGAUUCUGCAUCAUCGCCAACUAUACACACAAGCUCUCUCCCGCACUGCUAUCACGAUGCACCCGAUUCCGGUUCAGUCCUCUCAAGGAAGCCGACAUUCGAGUGCUGGUAGACCAAGUGAUUGAGAAAGAGAAUGUUCGCAUCCAACCCGAGGCAGUGGACAGUCUAGUGCGACUGAGCAAGGGCGAUAUGCGAAGGGCACUGAAUGUCCUCCAGGCCUGUCAUGCUAGUAGUAUCCCGUUGCCGAUGCGCGACGCUCCCAAGGCACCAUUACCCGAACCCGAAAUGAUCACCAACGCCACAAUAUACGACUGCAUCGCGGCACCUCAUCCGGCCGACAUUCAAGAAAUCAUGAGCACAAUCCUUUCCACCAGCGAUGUGACCUCAUGUCUUAACACGGUGAACACGCUCAAGGCGGCCAAAGGUCUCGCGUUGGCGGAUAUCUUGUCCGCGCUGGCGGAACAAUUGCAGCGGCUGGAAGUGCCGGCGCAGACCCGCAUCACUUGGCUUGAGGGACUGGCUGAGAUUGAAUGGCGAUUAUCUGGUGGCGGAUCUGAGGCCGUUCAGACGGGCGGGAUGGUGGGCGUGGUACGAAAUGGGUGCGAGUUGAUGGGCGAUAAGGGCAUCGCCAUGGCAUGA